GGAGAAGAAUACACAAAUCGAAUUCACAGUAAUUUGCCAUCAUCAUCAUGAUUUCCCCUAUCUGCCUCUUCGUGUUUUCUUUCAUUUUUUCAUGUUCCUAUGCUUCGCAUGUCCAAGACUUCUGUGUUGCAGACUACGCAGCUCCCCAAGGCCCCGCAGGCUACUCAUGCAAAGACCCUGCAAAGGUUACUGUUGAUGAUUUCGUCCACUCGGGCCUUGGGGUGCCUGCUAACACUUCAAAUAGGUACAAGUUUGGAUUCACAUCUGCAUUUUCUUUUAACUUCUCCGGCCUCAAUGGCCUCGGUGUUUCCUUGGGUCGGACAGACGUGGAAGUUGGUGGUGUUGUCCCUAUCCACUCUCACCCGGGAGCUACCGAAUUGGUAGUUAUUGAGGAAGGAAGUUCGAUAAUUGGCGGGUUCAUUGCCUCGAACAACAAGGUUUAUCAAAAGCCCCUGAACAAGGGUGACACUAUGGUUCUUCCUCAAGGCUUGUAUCACUUCUUUGUGAAUCAGGGUAAAACUCCAGCGAUCAUAUAUGCUGCUUUCAGUAGUGAAAGCCCAACCGUGCAGCUUUUGGACACAUCACUGUUUAAAAAUGGUUUGGCUUCUGUUAUCAUAGCAAAAACUACUUUACUUGACGUUGCUCAGGUUCAUAAAAUCAAAAAACUCUUUGGUGGUACUAAUUAAUAUGUUUGACGUACCAAUUAGCUAGGAAUGUUAUGAAUUAAUAAUGAUUCAAUACUGUCUUUUAGUCUCUUUUCUAUCAGCCCUGAUCCAAUUCAAGUGUUAUUUCCUAUAACCUUGUUUGUGUCUCGCAAAACCCUGCAGCAACCAAAUAAUUGAGCAAAACAAGGACUUAAAAAUCGAGAUUUUCGCCGAAAUUUCAUUUUUUUGGGUUAGCGAAAUUAUCUUGGUAUAGAAAUUUUCGAUAUAUCGCGAAAUUGGGGGAAAUUCACGAAAUCUCGUCAUCUUCGUCUCAUGGACUGACAGCCCAAAUUGACCAUAUUGGAUUCAAAUUCUGAAAAAAGGGAAAACACCAACUUGGAGGAGAUUCGAACCUUGGUCUCAAGGACAAGACAUACAAUUCCACGUCUCAACCAA